AGUUGACUUAACUCUUCAGCUUGGCAACUUACAUUUUACAUCUCUAAACUUCAAAGCGCUACUACAGUGGGAUCCUGUAUCUGAAAAAUCGGCUGUCUACUAUGUACAAUACAAAGUGUAUGGAGAACCAUGGGAAAAUAAAACAGACUGUUAUGGAAUACAACAAAAUUGGUGCAAUAUGACUUCAGAAAUGUCAAGUCCUGAGCACCAAUGUGAAAUGAACUUUGCUAGAGUGAAAGUGACGGCAGGAAAUUAUUCCUCACCCUGGAAAAACAGUGGGAGUUUUCAUCCAUUCCAUGACUCAACUAUUGGACCACCGACUGUGACUCUAUCACACUCAUUCAACUCUAUAACAGUAAACAUGAGUCUUCCUCAAACUAUAGUCCACAGCAAGUGCUUAACAGAAAGGAACAAGAAGAAAAUCCAGUUCAUCAUAACUGUUUCACACUUGGCAGAGGUGCCUGAAACAUAUUAUACAAAGGAAAAAGUAUGGAAUAUAUCAAAUUUAAGCCCUGGUUCAACACACUGCAUAAGUGUUGAAAUAGAAUUAUGGCAUAAGAAGAAAAGAAGCAUGGCAAGCCCCACACAUUGUGUGAAUCUAGAAAAAAAAACAGCCAAAGAAAUCAUCAUAGGAUUACUAGCAGCAGCAGUGGUGAUAGUGAUGGCAUUCUCCAUAAUAAUAAUCUACUUAACAUUGUACAAAUUUGUGCUACAUCCCAAAGCUCAUCUUCCUUCCAACUUGGUUUUAAAGGGAACGGAUUCACACUCAAAUGAACGUGAAUGGGAAGAAAAUGGUUUCGUACCUUUGACCUUUGAGCGCACGGAAUUAAUUAGGUACAUUCAUGAGACCAAAGAAAGCAACAUGGAAAGUCCCCAAUACAAACGAUAUGUCUCAAAUGAACCACGGAUAAAGAAGUAUGUUAAUUGCAGACAGAAGGCUGAAAACCUCCAUGAUGUUCUUCAAAGCAAGACUGUAGAACUGGUGAACCCAACAUAUACAACAAAAAUGUUCAAAAGCUGCCAUAUUCAAGAAGAGCACACAGAUGUUUAUUUCGCUGAACAGUACAUAUGUAAACAAAUGGGAAGUCUAGACCAGAACAUAGGCACACUUCAUUAUUUAAAUAUCCCUAAUAACCAAAGGUAUGUUGAUGAUAACAUUGUGUUUGAUGAAUGUUGCAUGGAUACAAUCCAUCUGUACAUUAAUAAGGACGACUCUUGCCACAUGAACAAAGACUUUCAGAGCCACAAUAAUUAUUUCAAUCAGUAG